AUGCCCACAUCCUCCACGCAAGCACCGUUCACCCCAACACCGCACGCCGCGCAAGUAUCACAAGAAACGCACGUCGGCCCGUCUUCAAAGCCUGCUGGUAAGAAGCUUGAUCCCACGCGGGUAUUCAUACCAGGCAAGCAGCUUACCCAAACUUCAGAGGUCACGCAAGAGCAGCAACGCAAUCCAACUGCAGAGGAUGUGCCAUCCCAGCAGCUCGAUCCAACCCGGCAGUCCACCCCACUCCAGCCAGUCACGCCAAAUGGACAAUCUGCAGCGCGUGCUGGCAAGCAGCUCGACCCAACCCGUGAAUUCACCCCAGGUCAAUACCAUGCCCCAGCCCAUGACACUUUGCCAGGCCAGCAACCCAACCCAUUCUGGCACCCAGUCACCCCAGGGCAAUCAUACAAUCCCACCUGGCAAUCCGCCGGUCAGCACUUCAACCCAAUUUGGUCUUCUUCAGUCUGGUCCGUCCCCAGCCAACAGUACAAUCAACCCUGGGGCCCCACUCAAGCAUGGCCAUCUGUUCCGAGCUGGCAAGCUGCUGCAGGCCAACAAUAUCCCCCCAAACUUGCCAGCCCCAAACCUGCAAGCCCCGACAGGCCCCCGGUCUAUCUCAAACCGGCUAUCACCAAUCCGCCGUCCCAUUCCCAGCCGCCGCAAUGCCAACAUUGGACGUGCCUCCGGUGGACAAGUUAG